AUGGAGAAUCAAGAUUUUGUAGAUGGUGAAUUGGAGUCUCUUUUGGGGAUGUUCAACUUUGAUCAAUGUUCCUCUGAUGGCUCGAGCUUCUACAACGAUCAACAUCAUCAUGAGAUUGAUGUCGUCUCUUCUAAUGAUUUAUUCUCAUUUGCCACAAUUCUGCAAGGGAACUAUCCGGCCGUUCUAGAAGGUUCCAGUAACCAGACGAACCUCUAUGUUGACUCAAGACAAGAGCUAGUGAAACCUAGGAAGAAGCAAAAGAUAAGGCCAGAAAGCAAUUGGGUAACCGAGCCUAAGACUACUUGGAGAGAUGGUCAGAGCCUAAACAGUUUCAAUACAUCAGAUGAUGAGAAAGGUUUAGGUUUAGAUACUAACACAUCAGAAACCCUGAAAGUCAAAGGAAAACCCAACAAAGGGAUUGCUACCGAUCCUCAGAGCCUAUAUGCUCGGAAACGAAGAGAGAGGAUAAAUGAUAGGCUAAAGAUAUUGCAAAGGCUAGUUCCCAACGGGACGAAGGUUGAUAUAAGCACGAUGCUUGAAGAAGCCGUCCAUUACGUGAAGUUCCUGCAGCUACAAAUCAAGGUUCUGAAUUCAGAUGAUCUAUGGAUGUAUGCACCUCUUGCUCACAAUGGCCUUAACAUUGGACUACAUCACAAUCUUUUGUCUCGGCUUACGUGA